CAUCUACCUAAUCCCUCGAAUAUCUCACCUUUCUCGCUUCGCUGAUCCACCUUCGUCAAUGGGUUCCUCCCAGGCGGUGGACUCUGCUUUCUACCUAUUCCUUCUCCCGAAUGCGUCGGCUCUGCCUUCGAUUGCCGCCGUUAUCGUCGUCGCCAUCUCUGUCCUCUGGCUCUACCCCGGCGGCAUCGCGUGGGCCCUCUCCAGAGCCGGCCGAUCUAUCCCCGGACCCCCGGGCAUGGUCCUCGCCCUCUCCGGCUCCGCUGCGCACCGGGUCCUCGCCAGGCUCGCCGAGUCGCUCAAAGCCUCCGACUUGAUGGCCUUCUCCUUCGGCUUCACACGCUUCGUCGUGUCAAGCCACCCCGACACAGCCCGGGAGAUCCUCAACAGCUCGGCCUUCGCCGAUCGCCCUGUCAAGGAAUCAGCCUACGAGCUCCUCUUCCACCGGGCAAUGGGCUUCGCGCCUUUCGGCGAGUACUGGCGCAAUCUCAGGAGGAUCUCCGCCACCUAUCUGUUCAGUCCGACGAGGAUCGCCGCCUUCGGGGAGCACAGGACGGCCAUCGGUCAGCAAAUGAUCCAAGACGUAAUGGCAAGCAUGGAGACGAAUGGGGUUGUGGGGAUGAAGAAAGUUGUGCACUUUGGAUCUCUGAACAACGUGAUGAUAAGCGUUUUUGGCAAAAGAUUCGAUUUUGGUAACGCCCAAGGCAUGGAGUUGGAGAGGCUGGUCACGGAAGGGUAUGAGCUACUUGGUGCGUUCAACUGGAGCGACCACUUCCCUCUAUUGAGGUGGGUGGAUCCUCAAGAUAUCAGGAAGAGGUGCAGGAGAUUGGUGGCCAGUGUCAACGUGUUUGUGGGCAGCAUCAUUGAGGAGCACAGGCGAAGGAGUUCUGGUGGAGAUUUAACGAACGAGGUCGGCGACUUUGUAGAUGUGUUGCUAGAUUUGGAGAAGGAAGAGAGGCUUUCUGAUUCCGAUAUGGUUGCUGUUCUGUGGGAAAUGAUCUUUAGAGGAACGGACACUGUUGCCAUACUUCUGGAAUGGAUCAUGGCCAGGAUGGUGCUGCACCAGGAGAUACAGUCGACAGCACAAUCAGAGAUCGAUGCUGUCGUCGGAUCCUCGCGCCUUGUCGCGGAUGCCGACAUCGCCAACCUGCCUUACCUUCGUUCCAUCGUAAAAGAGUCGCUUCGGAUGCACCCACCCGGCCCCCUUCUCUCCUGGGCUCGCCUCGCCGUCCAUGACGUUCAUGUCGGUCCAAGCUUCGUGCCCGCAGGGACCACGGCCAUGGUGAACAUGUGGGCGAUAACUCACGACGGGCGUAUCUGGGCGGACCCUGACGACUUCAAACCCGAGCGCUUCAUGGAGGAGAACGUGAGCGUUCUGGGUUCUGACCUGAGGCUGGCGCCCUUCGGUUCAGGGAGGAGGGUGUGCCCUGGUAAAGCACUGGCGUUGGCCACUGUUCACCUCUGGUUGGCUCAGCUGCUGCAGUGCUUCAAAUGGGUCCCUGCGGAGACUGGCGUGGACUUGGCCGAGUCCUUAAAGAUGUCCCUCGAGAUGCAGACUCCUUUAGUCUGUAGGGCCUUCCCCAGACGCUGAAGAAGCUUCAAGCUCUCGGCUUGCAUUUCUAAGUAGUUAUGAUUGAUGUCAGCUCGGUGCUUGGGUGUUCUUAUCUCCUGGUUUUUGUACCUUCGUAGGUUUCAGUCCUCUAUGUGACGUGCAUAUUUUAGGCUCCUGUCUCCCAUCGAGUUCCAGUUUUGUUUUUCUGUUCAGCAUUCAGUCAUGC